GGGGCUUCAGGGCCAAUGAGACCCAGAGGGCGGUGGGUCUGGGGGUCCCGGGGAAGGCACGUCCGGAGCGGCUCGGGAGCGGUGCUAGGGCGCGGUGAUGGGGCGGGGACUCCGGCCGGGCCGGGGCUGUGGGUGUGCGGUUCCUCCCGGCCUCUCCCGGGCGGCUUGGCCGGAGGCGGGGGUGGCCGCGCCCACCCGGAUGGGCUGCGGGGGCAUCCCGGGGCCGCGCCGUGCUCGGGGGAGGAAGAUGCGGGAGCUGCCGAGACCCGCCCGGGCCGCUCGGUGCGGCCCUGCCGUCGCCGCCGAACAAAGAAGGGAGGCGACUCCCCGCCUCGCCGCGCAGCCACAGCGCGGGGGCGGGGGGCACCGCGCCCCUCCGCCCGCCUGCCUUCCCCCCAUCGCCGCGGCCCCCGCGCCCCUCGGCCCCGCGGAGCCGCCGCGGGCUGGGUGGGGCCGGGCGGGCUCCAUUGUCUGCGCUGCCCGACCCACCCCGCUCCGCUCUGCCCGGGGGGCCCGUGCGGUCCGCGAGCUGCCGGAGCUCGGGGCCCGCGUCGCCCCUUCCCCGCUCCCGGGGGCGAUCUGGGGCUGGAAGGGGCGGCGGGGGGAAGCGGAGCCUGUCUGGAAACAAAGGAAACUUGGCAGGUUGGUCUGGAGGAGAUGCACAGCGCUAGGUCGGGCACCCGCGGUCUCGGGAGUCACAGCUGGAGAGGAUCGUGUCGUUUUCCACGCUAUCGUGGCUUUUUUCUAGCUCUUCCUGGAGCUGUGGGUGGAUUUUCGGUGGACAUCACUGGGUAUCAGGUGGAAUUUUAACAGCAUUUCAUUGCUUGAAGUGUUAAACGUGGCUUUCAUGAAGCAGGUUACAGCAUUUCGAGGCUGUGACAGGUUUCUAAUAAAAUCUGUCAGCCUUUACCUGAGGUUGGUAAAAGAGAUUAUUCCUUUUUAAUAGUUUGAGUGAUGGAUAUUUUUUCCCCCUUCAGUUCUCUCUUCUGUUAAUGUCAUUAAGUCUAUCAGUGGAAACUAUUGUGCCUUUUAAGAGAGUACUGGUGUUUCACUGCUCUGGUAAAAAGAGGAGAUCUAAGGUUUGGGAGCAAGCCCUGCUUUGGACAGACUGUUCUUCAGAUUAGUAACUGCAACAGCUAUAACUACGAAAAUAAACACUAUAUGUUUCCUCAGAGAAAAAAGAUAAAGGAGUGAGUCAAGACCAUUACAUGACAUCUUGAUUCAGAAAGGAGACAAAACAAGUCAUAAUAAAACACACUCUCCAGUCUGCUGGGAUCCUCCUGUUAGCAGCUGAGCAUUAGUAAUUCUAGAAGAAGCAUUUUGUUAGGAAAGGUAUUUUUCUGGUUAUGUAACAGUAAAUAUCCAUGUCACACACCUUAGGAAUUUCCCUUGCCAUAGUGGUGUUUGAGCUCUGUAGGCUGGAGAAGUAUUUUUAUAUUGCAGCUGGAAUGUAACAGGCACAAAUUCUCCCAAGAUGUGAAUUGUACAAUUGGACUCACUCUUUGUGUUGAGUUCCCAGAUUUGGAAUUUUAACAAGCUGGGUAGUGUUUCCUGUUCUAACUUUGAUUUAUUAAAUUAUUUGUUAAGAAGAGGAAAUGUGCACCAUCCUUAGUUUGUCCUGGUGUUCAUUUUGGAGCACUGGAGGUCUUGAAAGCCCAAGAAGCCCCAGGUUCUGUUGGUGUCCUCACAUCUCUCUGGGAGUUUUCAAAGUUCUUACACACAGUUUUCUUCUCCUGGCUUUUGUCUGGUUUCUUCAGCUAACCCAAGAUCUCCUGCUUAUGAAAACAAGAUCAGGAGGAGUUUACAUUUCAAGAUGUAUUUUGCUGCAGGUGUUCAUUUUGGUUUGGUUCUGCAGGUUGGAAAGCAGACUGCAAUCAAGCUCUUGAAGUACUAAGCAGGCUUCUUUUGUGUCAAAGAGCAGAUUGUUAGAUUUAGGUUGCAUAUCUGGAGCUUUGUACACAUGUCUCUACUAAUAAUAGUCAACUCCAAGCUGCUUAAUUUUACCUUUUAUUUCUAGACCAGCAGCAUGCUGCAAACUUGAGGGUUUUUUCCUGAGGAAGCAAAUCAAAAGGCUGCAGCCCCCAUCCAUCAGUGGUGCAACCAGUCUUUUGGUUCAAACUUCAGUCUUUGCUCUGCAGCCAGUUUGAAGAUUAAUAUUAACCUUCCCAGGGUAUUCUUAAAAAAGCUGGAAUUUAACAUGCCCACAUAGUUAUUUUUAUUUUUUAUUUGGCUCAGACUGGUGGGAGCAGCCCUUGGUGUGAUACUGGAUGGAACAAGGGCACAUGUAGAGCGCAAGAGCAUUUUAUUUUUGUAAGUGCAACUGAAGAGCAAUGGAGAUACAGUGCCAGGAUGGAAUUCUGGCAGGAGCUUACCUGGACAGUUGAAGUGAUGUGCUGGGAGUGCAGCUGGGGGCUGGCACAGGAUGUAA